GAAAGUUUGGAUUAUGUUCCGUGUUUUCGCCGUGUGACCGGACGGAGAAGCUUUGUUUUGCCUUCCCUUCACCUGGAGGCCCGCACGCCGGGCCUACCUGCGCAGACUUGUCCGCACCUGAAGGAGGGAGGGCCAGUAGGCAGACCUCUCUCUCUCUCUCUCUCUCUCUCUCUCUCUAUCGAUCUCUCUUUGUUCCUUCCUUUCUUUUUGCUCUGCUGCACUCUUUCUCUCUCUCUCUCUUUGCAAGCCGGCGGGUAAGGGAUCUGAACGCCGAAAUGUCGACAAACGAAAGGGCAAUCCGAGCUCUUAAAGAAAUCCUGCAAAAGCCGGGAAAUGACGUCUGCGCGGACUGCGGCGCGCUGGAUCCGGGUUGGGGCUCCUGCUCCCUUGGUGUGUUCAUCUGUCUGGACUGCUCUGGAAUCCAUCGCAACAUCCCCGAAAUCUGCAAAGUCAAGUCCCUGAGGUUGUCCCACUGGGAGGACCAGGAGGUUCAGUUCAUGGCUGAAAAUGGAAAUGAGCUAAUGAAGGCAAAAUAUGAGGCGGACGUUCCUGUCUACUACUACAAACCAACCCACAAGGACUGUCAGGUGCUGAGAGAGCAGUGGAUCAGAGCGAAGUACGAGAGGAAAGAGUUCUUGAAACCUGGGAAGAGCUUGACGUACCAAACAGAAACGAGAGAGGGCACGUUGAUGAAAAGGGGGCGGGACAACGGGCAGUUCCUGAGCAGGCGAUUCGUCCUUUCUGAAAGAGAGGGCAGCCUGAAGUACUACACCAAAUAUGACGCUAAGGAGCCCAAAGCAGUGAUUAAGGUGGACACUAUCAAUGCGACGUUCCAGCCAGAAAAGAUCGGAAAUCCCAACGGCCUGCAGAUCACCUACCUCAAAGACUACAGCACCCGGAAUAUCUUUGUGUAUCAUGACAGUGGCAAGGAAAUUGUUGACUGGUUUAAUUCGAUCCGUUCGGUUCAGCUUCAGUAUCUCAGAGUGGCCUUUCCCGGCGCAACUGAUGCGGAGCUCGUACCCAAACUCACUCGAAACUUUGUCAAAGAAGGAUACAUGGAAAAAACCGGCCCCAGGCAAACAGAGGGCUUCAAGAAGCGCUGGUUCACACUGGAUCAGAGACGGCUGAUGUACUUCAAAGACCCACUGGAUGCCUUCGCUAAAGGUGAGGUAUUCCUGGGGAACUAUGACAACCAUUACAGCGCUUCUGCCGGCUUACCGCCAGGCACCCACUGCAACGGCGCUUGGCAAUAUGGCAUCACUAUAGAGACACCUGAACGUUCCUUCCUGUUUACGUGCGAGACGGAGAGUGACCAACAGGAUUGGCUGCAGCACUUCAAGAAUGUCAUGAACACUCAGAUGUCCCCGCAGGAUUUCACAAUGGAGGCCUUAUUAAGGCACCGACACUGACAGACCGGAGGCCGUUUCUCCCCUCGACACCCACCAACACCGACCCUGCUGCUCACAAGCUGGAGCAUGGCGCAUUAUCCCAAAAAUGUGGACUUCAGGGUGAAAAGUGAGAACAAAUUGACCAAAGCAUUUUCUGAUAGGGUUAACUGUGCUCUAAUUUUGAUACCACUUCUUUUUUUUUAUUGACCCUUGUGUCAGGAAAGCUUCUUACCACAGAACAAAGUUAGUUACCUGUCCAGAAUGAGUCACAAGAGCACAUUUUCUAUCUUUAUUUCUUGUGACUUAUGGCUAAUGGUGAGUAACAUAAUAAUGACACACAACAAUAAACUGUUGUGUGAAAUUCUUUACACUAGUAAUUAAUUUAAUCCAUAUAAGUAUAUUCUAUCUAGCUGUCUCUCUCUAUCCAUCUGCCUGUCUAGUUACAAAGCAAGCUGACUAUUUUUCUAGCUGGCUAGCUUAAAUUAUGUGAUGGUAAAAGAUGCAUUUUUCCUAUUGUGUCAGCUAUUUCUGCCCAAGUAUUUAUGUUUUGACUUUGUAGUUUCUUUUUUACUGCUCGUAAAGUUGUAGAUAUAUGCACGGAUAGGGAAACACUAUGGUCAAAGCUUUAUGGAUUCCUAAAUGUUGGAGCUUUUUUAGCUGCUGUGGUUACAAGGCUUGGUAUUCUGUAAAUUACCGAAACGAUUUCUUUUUUGCAAUGUUCCUAUGGGUCGAAUUGUUGUCAUUUAUCAGAGACAAAAAAAACAGUCAUAUUAUUAGCAGAAUUUUAAUUUUCUAGUUGUAGCAUAUACAUAUAUAUAUUUUUGUAUUACAUCACCCAAAAGAUCAGAUUUUCUGUUAAUUUUUUAAAUUUUUAUUCAUUAAGACAAAUGCAUACUUUUCAUAGUAUUCUUACAAAAAAAGUACUUAAGGAAGCCAAUUUUAAAAUGUAUUUUGAGCAAAGUGCUGAAAACAAUUCCAGCAGUUGUAUGACUUAGCAGCACCUCCAUGUGGGACAACACUUUAAUUAAAACUAAAAAUGUUUACAAAUGUACUUAUGUAGCAUCUGUGGUCGUGAUAAAAUGAAACCCCACCCUCUAUUAAUUUUAGGAUUUUAUUUUAUGAUUGAUCUGUUGUUUUAAAUUAAAAACAUUUGAAGCCCAAUCUCAAGUUUACAAAAUAUAUACAACUCUAGAAAUUGAUGAGGGUGUACUAUCUUUUUACCACUGUUGCCUUUUCAUUUUUUUGAUUUCUCUGUAUUUUCAAAAUGUACUCAUCUCAGUUUAAUUUCCAUUAGAAUUAUUUUCUUGACUCACAAUUGCUGACUUGCAAAAA